AUGGAGGGCACUGCACCGUCAUGCGCCAGGCCGCCCCGCCGCUUCAAGGUGGUCCUGCUGGGCAAUCUGGGGGGGAAAGCUCUGAUUAUGUUUAGAGUGGGCAAGUCGUGUCUGGUGGAGCGGGCAGACAAGGGCUACGUGCGGCAUCAUGGCAACCCGACCAUCAACGCCUCGUUUAUAGUCAAGACGGUGACGCUUUCCUCGGGCGAGCGCGUCCAGCUGGAGAUAUGGGACACCGCGGGACAGGAAAAGUACAAAUCCCUCUCGAGGCUCUACUAUAGGGGCGCCCGGGGCUGCCUGCUGGUCUAUGACGUGUCCAAUCGCCAGUCCUUUGCCGAAUGUAAAAAGGAUCGUGAGAGUGAAGGCUGUGUCUUGUGGCUCGUGCGACGGUGGGACAGUCUCGAACAGUGGUUGGGAGACUUUAGGAGCGUGAUCGACCCUUCGUGCAUCCCGUUCAUCCGAGUUGUGGCUGCCAAGUGCGACCUGGCCGCCAACGCCCAACAGCACUGGCGCACGAGCGCAAUGACAGGUGAAGGUGUCGACGCCCUGUUCAACAGGCUGGCGGAGGACCUCGCCUCUCAGCCAGAGCCGGAGACCUUUAGCCGGCGAGAAAAACGCGUGUUGCUGCUCGAUCAUGGCGCCGCCACCACCGAACGUGGUCUCGCGCCUCUUCGCCAGCCUGCCCGAUCACCUGCAAGAAAAGAUGAGAACAAAGUUGUGUGCGUUAUGCGCUAA